AUGAGAACAAGCCACCGGAUUUCCUCAGCAGCAGCGAUUGCAGCAGAGUCUGCUGCUGCUGCUGCAACUCCCUCGCGAGCAGCAGCAGCAGCAGCAGCAGCAGCACGCUUUGGCCGCACAGGGCCUCCACGCUCAGCAGCUCCUUCUCUUCCUCCUCCCCGCAGAAACGGCAACAGCAGCAGCAGCAGCAGCAGCAGCAGCAGCGUCUCGUUGAAGACUGUGCGUGCUGCUCCUGCUAGCAAGUCUCCUGCAUUUAAAGUGGGACAGACACGAGCAGCAGCAGCAGCAGCAGCAGCAGUAGCAGCAGCGGCAGCAGCUGCUGCAGCCGCAGCGCCAGCAGCAGAAGCGACUCUGCAGCAGCGCAGCAGCAGCAGACUGCAUGGCCUGCUUACUGAAGCCCACGGCUCCCCAACCUGCGGCGGCAGCAGCAGCAGCAGCAGCAUGAGCAGCAAGGGCGAGUUCAAUGCAGCUCUGCAGCAGCUCUCGCAUUCGCUUAAUGCUGAUGCCCCUGCAGCAGCAGCUGCAGCAGAAGCAGCAGCAGAAGCAGCAACAGCAGCAGCAAGGGGAGAUUCACCGGUCUCUCGAGAAGAGCAGCAGCAAAUGAGUGUGGACAACAGCCAUGACUUGUUCGGUGACUCAGCUGCAGCAGCAGACACAGCAGCAGCAGCAGCAGCAGAUGCGGAUGCAGCAUCAGUUGCUGCAGCAGACACAGCCACGGAAGCGGCAGCAGAUGGGGCAACCGAAGCAACAACAGACGCAGCAGCAGACACAGCAACAGAGGCUGCAGCAGACACUGCAACGGAAGCAGCAGCAGACACAGCAACAGAAGCAGCAGCAGACACAGCAACAGAAGCAGCAGCAGACACAGCAACGGAAGCAGCAGCAGAUGGGACAGAAGCAGAUUUAGACACAGAGGAAGCAACAUACCAGGAGACCCUGGACAGCGACCCCGAAGCAGCAGCAGCAGAGCAGCAGCAGCAGCAGCAGCAGCAGCAGCGCAGGCUGUCUUCCAGGCGCCGCCAGGGCACUCCCGUGGCAGUAGCCCGCAGCAGCAGCCGCAGCAGCAGGGGCUCUUCGGCCCGCAGCUCAGCAGCAGCAGCAGCAGCAAAAGGAGACAGAGACACUGCAUCAGACGGCUGUGGGGCCCCACACGAGGCCCCAGCUUCCUCGAGAGGCAACGCCGACCUUGUGGCCCUCAACAAUGCAGACCGAGAGAAGCACCCGGAGUGGUACAGCGGGCCCGUGGGGCCCUGCGAAGCCACUCACCGCCUUUUGUGUUGGUGGAGGUUUAGGCCGACAGGGAAGCACCAGCCGGGGCUGGUAAUUCGGGACCUCGAGUCCGAGGUUGAAGCCAAACGAAUGACCCCCAGCGUCAGAGACGCUUUGGCUGCGGGAGUGGCAGGAAGAGGGCCUCAGGGUCGCCCCGGGGGGCCCCCCAUGGGGCCUCGGAUAUUGUGGUGGUGA